UAAUAUUUUACCCAAAACGCAAGUUGAUUUAUCUCAGAAUGAUGCAAGAAGCAACUUCAGGAGUAUGGUGCUGGUAAGAUAUGCCAGAGAAACACAGGACAAAUAUCCCAUGGUCCCACUACCCUGUUACUCAGAGGUUGAGAGCCUAGAGACAUUUCCAUUUACUGAAACUCUGAAUUAUUGGUAAAGUAAGAAAUCAGAAAAAAGUGUCACAAAAUGUGUGGCACAUUUUAAGUGUUUAACAUUUUUAAAUUAAUACUGUUAACACAUAAACACAAAACGUGUGACUGCGCGUAUAACUUAAUUUUAUACAUAACAAGAAAAUACAUUUUUAUUUUUUUAAGUUUAUUUAUUUAUUGUUUUAGUAAUCUCUACACCCAACGUGGGGCUCGAACCCACCACCUGGAGAUCAAGAGUGACAGGCUCUUCUGAUUGAGCCAAGCACCCCAUAACAAGAAAAUGUAAAAGAGGCUAUUGAUGAAUGUGCGCCAUAGGCCUUGCUACUACCUCCAACUUUCCUCUUAGUGAUAAAAGCACACCUUUCUCUAGUCCCUGGUGUCAGUCUUCACCUGAAACAAAGACUGAGGGAGCCUGAGAGAGUUCCGAAGUUUUCCCACCGGUAGGAAGGAAGGUCCUGCUAAGUAUCUGGCCACCGGAAAAGCAGGCCGCUUUGGAGCCUAUGCUCCUACCUUCGCCACCUGGGCUUUCCAAGUCGGGCUGGCCAGCCUGGGGGCUGCCCUCCGCUGCCUGGUUGGCAGGAGCUCGGUUCCCGAACUUUCCAUAUCUGAAGCACCGGGGUGACCACGGACCAGGUCUCGGGGAGGGUGCACGCCUCCCACCACUCCCAGGGCUCUCCGGAGCUCGCGUCUCUACACGCGGCGCACUGGAGGACAAACCAAGCUGGCCACGCUGUGCGCUCGCGCGGAGGAACGAGCGGUUACCAACGUCACUUGGACAUUUGAGCCUAGAGUUGGGGGGGGGGGGGGGCUUGGCCUGCCAGCCGCCCGCCCGCGCGCGCCUCGGAGAAGCCCCGAGGCCCGCCAGGCCCGCCAGGCCCGUGGGGAAGGGCGGCCUGGAAAGCCUGGGCCUGCAGGCGGCCCCGGGGAGCCUGGCUUCGACUCACUCGGCCCGCACCGCCUGUCCCUCGGCGGAAGGCCCUUCACCUUCCUUCUCGGGGCCGGGGCGGGGCCGCGCCGGGCGCUGCAGGCCUAGCGGGCCCCAGACGGAUCGGCACCGAGAUGCGGGGCGGAGAGCGCGGGAAACGGGGCGGCGCGCGAGGGCCGGUGGGGGCGCAGCUCCUCCCGGGCCCGGGGAACGCCCGCCGGCCCGCCGGCCCGCCGGCCGAGCCCCCGCUUACUAACGCGAGCGACGUAGGUCAAGGCUAACCCGUCCCGCAGGGCCCAUAAGACCGAGAAGGAUCGCCGGGUCUGCGAAGGCUCGUGCGUUCCUCCUCAGCCCCAGGUGUCCCUCGGUUUUCCCCGGCCACGGAAAGGACCGAUGGGGGAGCGCUGAAAGUCGAGGCUCCUACUAGAAGCUUGCUCCAGAGGAUUUGAGAAAUGGGGCUUCCAAUCUUUAACGCACGCGCGCGCGCUCUCGGGUUAGGUCCUAGAAUGUGCGGAGCUCGCGUCUGAACCACGUCCUUCCCAGGGCCGCGGCCGGCACAGACGUCUGCCUGGCGGCGCUGCCGGGUCAUUUGGAAGCGUGCAUCAAGUGGCGGCGGGAGUGAAUAAUGCAGUCGAGGAGGGCGAGUAGAGGGCAGCAACACGUUCAUAGUCUCAUGGUAUAUUUGAUAGCACUCGCAGUUACCAGCCCCCGCAGAUGGGGAAGCAGCCGUCCCCUCCCACCCGGCGCGGCCGCUCCUGCGGAGCCGGGCAGACCCGCGCAGGGGAGAACCUGCUGGCCCGCGCCCCGCCGCCGCGAGAGCCGGCGCCGGGAGGCCGCGACCGCGGAGCCUGAGCCAGGCCGGGGGGCCGGGGGCCCGAGUUGUCCGAGUGAGAGCGACUUCCACGUGCAGACGGUAGAGUGGCCAGUUAGUGGACGAUUGGUUGCUUGGGGAGAGCGAGGCUGUAGCUAGCACGGUAGCUGGUGGCCAAAGCCGGACACUGUGCCAUAUCUGUGAAAGUCGUGGUGUGUAUGGCCAUUGGGUCGCUGAAACAUCCAGACCCUGAUCGUGCGUACAGUGUUUUCCUUACAGGCAGCACUCGCCAAGUUAAAACCGGGUCCCGCCCCGGUGCCCCUCUUGCUAAUCCUCUCUGCCAUUAGUCCGCUUAAAUCCUCCUUUUAUGCUCUUUCUACCUUUCCUUUCCCUUUCUCCCUUCCUCCCAUCUUUUCCUCUUCCUGCCCUCCCUCCCUUCCGUCUUUCCUGAAUUCUGAAUGCCACUCACUCACCGGCAUCUCAGUCCAGGAGUCGGGGUUAACAACCCCACAUCUCCCCAGCACAGCUUGCGCUUGUAGAAUUGGAGAGCUCUGCUUUGGCCCCAGAGCACGUCUCGGUAAUAGUGAAGUUUCCAAUUCAGAGCAACCCAUAAACGCCCAUAACUCGGUUCACACGGACUCCCCAACCUCGUCAGAAAGCCUUUUCCACAACUUAGAAACGUUUUGGUGGUUAGUGUUUGCUCGGAGAAAAGGAGCUGACCAGUCAGCUUAGUUUCUGGAUACAGAAAGGUUAUUUUAAAAGCAGUUUUCCAGUCGCAGAGAACUGGUUCUUGAUUCCCUCACCUACCAGGGCAGUAUGUCACUCUGGCCCUUCACCUUAACACAUUCCACAUUUUUGUUUGUUUGUUUGUUUGUUUGUUUUUAGUUCAAGGCUGAAGUCUUCCCCCAUGUCAGAUAGAAUGUCACUGCAUUACAGCAUAUGAGACAACUUUUGGGGACUUGCCUACAAAACUAUCUUCCUGAUCAUUCACAAGAGAAUGAGGCCAACAGAGAUUUUAAACUUUCUUAUGGCUGGGAUUGAAUAGAUUUAAUUGAUCAAAUGUGUGAGGUUUACCACUUUCAGUCACCUGAGGCUACUGUCUGAUGCCUUCCUGUCUUACAGACUUAGCUUCAGCCCCAAACCCCUCCUUCAGUGGAGAGAGGACAGUAAUUCAGAUUCUUCUCUCAGUUCAUUAUAAGAAGAAAAAUAGCUUUUUUAUGAGGUUGGAGCAUCUCUUAUAAGUUUUGAUAUUUAGAAAAAAUAUGACAAGGGAAGCAGGAAAAGGUCAUUCCGUUAUUUCAGUGGAUCACUUUUUUAGUGCAAAGUUAGGAACACUGGAUUAAACAUUUUACAUUUGCUCUCUCCCACUCCUCCUUUAGUUGGAAGAAGUGUUUCCACUAUUGACUUUCAAUUUUGCAUAAUGCUCCCUACCUUUCCUACAAGGCCAGAAGUCACAGGUACACAAUCCUUACUUAGCCUGUUCUAUUGGAGGAAGCUCUUGAUUGACACUCUUCAUUUCCCCUCCCCAAUGCACUGACACUUACAAAUACACUUUUCUUGAUCCGGAUGGUGCUGGGGUGUGCAUAACUUUUUUGGUAUUGCCCUCCCUGACUUUUGUUCUUUUCAAACUGAUAUUAAGGUGUUUGCCCUGAGAUAAAAAAAUGAAUUAUUGAGAAACAACCAGGCGAACAUUUGUUCAAUUUUCUGCUAUUUUGUUUGCGUUUGUUUUUCAAGUUUCAUAGGAAAGGCUGUAACAGGUGUCUAAGUAACAGUCUCCAAGAAUCCCUUAGUAGAUGACUUCUAGACCAGUUCUAAACCAAUAACAUUAUUGUUUCCAAAAGGGAGAGUGGAAGCUAAGCUCGGUUUUGUCAAGGGAUUCAUUUGAGCGUUUGUCUUUAUUUUAUUCAUUUUAUUUAUUUGUUUAAUAUAUUUAUUGAAUGGUUUGUGGGAAGAAAAGGAGGACUAAAUAGGGCAGGGGGCAGAGAUAGAGAACCCAGUGACAAUUUGUUUUUAUGACUAAAGCCAUUUUCCCAGACUACUGUCUUGCCACAAGUGACGACACAGAGAGCGCAAGUCAUGAAAGUGGAUUACUGUCAUUCUGGGCUAUUGGAGGCCUGGAGAGCCCUGGCAUUAAUUCCUAUAGGAAGGUAGACAAACCCAGCCAUCUCCCCCUGCAGCACCUCAUUGCCUCAGAGUGCAAGGCUCUCUCAAAAUUGCUACUGACCUCAGCUAGGUCUAGGUGGCAGGGCUUCCCCACUUGGGGGAAGCUGACGCUCUGUGAGAACUGAAGAGGAAGCAGGGUGGCUGUAAGAACAAGCCUGAGGGGAUGGGGCACUAUAACAGGCAGGCUGUGGCCACCAGUCCCCGGGCAGGCUAGCAAUCAGUGAGUCAAAGCUAGCUAACAGUGAAUGAAAGAGAGCCAAGAAUGGGACCCUUUGGGUGCUAGAGACUAGCCUUUAGCUUGUUCCACUCCUCCCCCUGGGCUCCAAUCCUAGGUUUUCAGGGUUGGAGAUCUAAGAGAAGACAAGCAUGGUAAGAAAACAUGCUUAGCCCCCGUCCAACAUGCAAGCAUGGGUGGAUGCUUGCAGAGAUCAGGAGAGAUGCCUCGAGUCCUGGGUGAUCUGUGUGUCUGACUCAUGCCAGUUGUACAUGGUCAACAGGAGAGUGGGGUGCAGGAGGAAAGCCUUGUUUUCUUCAGUCACUCUGUCUGGGGUUGUUGUGUCUCCUCUCCCUCAACCCUCCGUCUCACCCAUCAGGACCAAAUAGCAUUGAAACUCCCAUUGCCUUUGCCUGCACUCAGCCUAAAAACUCAGGAUUUGAUAAGGUUACUGCACCAUUGAUACAAUCACAGAUUUUUUUUAAGCCUCCUCAAAGAGACAGAUGUUUAGGCUGAUUAAAAAUUGAGGAGGAAACCUGCAGCUGCACCAAGGAAUAAUCUAUUGGACAAAUAUUUUAAUAAAAAAAAUAUGAAGAGAUCAGCCCGACCUUGCAAGGUCUUCUGCUUUAAAAAAAUCUUUAUCAAACCCCUAUUCUAUGGCUUCAAUAAACAGAACCCAUUACCUCACGGCAUCUUUUGUUGGCCCCAUACAAGAGAGAACAAAAUGGUUAUUCAGGGGAACGCUUUCGAUUUUUAUUGUGGGUAGCCUGCACAAAGAGCCGUGUUAUUGUAUUUAAAAGAACCAUCUGUAGCAGAAACAAUGGCAUCAAAUUAUCUUUGAAUACCCACUGAAAAAACAUAAAGCUUUUUUUUUUUUUUAUUCUUCUUCUGUACGGUGGGGGGAUAGAGCAGUGUUAGGAUAACUGACUUUUUUGUUGUUCUCUGGGUGCAUUCUUCUCGCUCCCCCUCUCUCCCCCUCACCCUCUCUCUCUCCCUCUCUCCCUCUCCCUCUCUCUCUCUCUCUCUCUCUUUUAAAAAAUCAGCCAUUUGGGGUUUUAAGCCAUAAACGAUUUUUCUUGUUGCAGGGGAUUGCAGUGGCAAAGCUAGGCUAGGUCUUGGAGGCUGGUGUAAGGCGAAGCGGGUGAAGGCAGGAGGCUGAUGGAGAGACUGGGGGGAAGAAAAGCCGAAAUGGAUUCACGGUGCCUUGGAUGGAGGACGAGAGGGGAACUGCAGGCUCCUUCAACUCGUUCUGUCCGGUGAGAAGUGAUCAAGCUUGGGCUGACGAGAGGCUCAGGGAGUCCUCACGUUCUUUCGCUUUUUUACCUGCCAAUCAAACUGCUACAAGACAACACCCUGAUCUGGCAUGGACAUCGCGGGUCCAAGCCUGUAGUCCCAAAUCGGAUAUCUCUGCAGCUGAUAACAAGCAAAAGAGAAGCCAGGCAACAGCCAUAUUAAAGAAGAAAACAAUCAACUCUGAGGAUGCCACCCUGAAAGUUUUAUUUUCUCCAGGAAAGUAGAGUUCUCUUUGAGAGUUCUAGCCUGUGAACUCAGUAUGUAAAUGUGGUCAUCAAGCAAGACGGAGCUGCCAAGAGGGGAAGAUUUUGAAUGUUUCUCUUUCCUAAAACCCUUCCCAGUGUUCCUUCUUUCGGGGGUGCUUCACUCAAAGUUUCCCCCUUCCCCCAGCCCUGUUGAAAAAGGCCCCAAAGCAACAUUGCGGGAGCUAAACCAAUUGUACUGUGAAGUUGACGAGCUGGCAUUUCGUCUGAAUCCUUUGUAAAAAUUAGAUUUUAAGUAGGGGUGAGUGUCCUUUUGGGAGAAGGGACAAGGGAGAGUGGAAGAAGAGGGGGAGGGCAUGAGCAGUUUAUAUACAUACAUACUCUUUGUGUUUGCGGGCCUCUGUGUCUUGCCUUCUCACUAUGUUAAAUCCCUAUUAUAAAACUUAUCUUCACAAAGCCUAUUAUAGUAUUCUGAGAACAAAUUGGACCAUGAAUAACUUAGUUGGAAGUGUAGAUUAUUUUCUGCUCGGGGAAAGUUAGAGAUGACAACAGCUUAACUAAAAGAAUAGUGAUUACUCUUAAAUAGAUGGAUUUCAAAGUUUCACUCUUGAUAAAGAGUGCCUUUGAUAUUUCCCCUCUUCAGACUCAUGUUUCCACUUUCUUUGUAUUAAGAAUUGUCCCGGUGAUUACACUGUCCACCUAAUGCAGCCUGACUCUAACUGUAGAUCUUUUUCUUACAGGUUGCUAAUCUGUCAGAGAGGUGAGCAGAAAGACACUCUACUUCCCAUUGAUUAAAUAUAUGGUUCCAAAGUGGCACCUGUGUUUAGAUGGUGAACUCACUGUUAGAAAUAACAUCUUGCAUAAAUCAACAUUUCUCAAUUGGAUAAAAUUAUUGUUCAAAAACAUCUUAAAUUUGUUUAAUGCCCUACAGCUGACAGAACACUUCUCAACUCGUAAUUUUGUUUGAUCCUUAGAACAAUGUUAUGAAAUAAAUAACAUUAAUCUCACUUUACCAAGGAGGAUGCUGAGUCACUUGCACACUGUGAUCCAGCUGAUAAAUGACAGAACUGGGAUACCAACUCAGAUUUUAUGGCUUCAAAAUGUUUUAACUGAUUAGCCCGUAGCAAUAGGUAUUUAAAUAGUUUUUGUCUUCUGUAUCCCUGAAAAUCAAGAUUUUUGUAUUAAAGAGCAAAGUUUUUAUAUUUCACAGAUACAGAAGUUAAAAGACCUGAUUUAAAAAAAAUUCUAUUCACUUAAAAGUAAA